UGACCUUCUGCCAGCGUAAUAUUGCGCACAUGUUCUAGAUCGCCUGAUUCUCUUUCAUCAUCUUGUGUUUAUCUCAAAAUCUCUCUCAGAAUCAUCAAAAUGCUCUCAAUAACGAAAAUUUCUCCUUUUUUUGCUAAAACGCUUAAUGGAGGUUGUUCGGCAACAAAUGUUUUCAAGAAAUUGACUCCUGUCUGUUCAAUCAACCGACUUGAGGCUAACAAGAAACGUUUCAUAUCCUCUGAAAAAAUAAAAGGGCAUGUCAUUGGUAUUGACCUUGGUACAACCAAUUCGUGUGUAGCUGUCAUGGAAGGCAAAACUCCAAAAGUUUUAGAGAACAGUGAAGGAGCCAGAACUACACCUUCAGUUGUUGCAUUCACUAAUGAUGGUGAACGAUUGGUUGGCCAGCCUGCCAGAAGACAAGCAGUAACUAACUCUAAAAAUACCUUGUAUGCCACAAAACGUUUGAUUGGACGAAGAUAUGAUGACCCUGAAAUUCAGAAGGACAUGAAGAACUUGUCGUACAAAAUAGUAAAAGCGUCAAAUGGAGAUGCCUGGUUAGAAGCGCAGGGAAAAGUGUACUCACCAAGUCAAAUUGGGGCUUUUGUUCUCACAAAAAUGAAAGAAACAGCCGAGAAUUAUUUGGGCGUCACAGUAAAGAAUGCAGUCAUCACUGUUCCUGCCUAUUUCAAUGAUUCCCAAAGACAGGCAACCAAAGAUGCAGGUCAAAUUGCUGGUCUCAAUGUCUUAAGGGUCAUCAAUGAGCCUACUGCUGCUGCACUGGCUUAUGGCAUGGACAAAGCAGAAGAUAAAUUGAUUGCUGUUUAUGACUUGGGAGGUGGAACGUUUGAUAUUUCAAUUCUUGAAAUCCAGAAAGGUGUGUUUGAGGUAAAGUCAACAAAUGGUGACACACUGUUAGGUGGGGAGGACUUUGACAACACACUUCUCAAAUUUCUUGUUGAUACGUUCAAAAAAGAGCAAGGAAUCGACAUAAAAAAAGAUAACAUGGCACUGCAACGCCUGAAGGAGGCAGCAGAGAAGGCAAAGAUCGAGCUCUCCUCGUCACUGCAGACCGACAUCAAUCUUCCGUAUCUCACCAUGGACUCCAGUGGACCCAAACAUAUGAACAUGAAGCUUACUAGAGCAAAAUAUGAGAGUCUUGUUGAUGAUCUGAUCAAACGAACCGUGGGUCCCUGUCAGAAAGCUCUGCAAGAUGCCGACGUGAAGAAGAGUGACAUUGGAGAAGUCCUGCUGGUUGGUGGCAUGACCAGGAUGCCCAAGGUACAGUCAGUUGUGCAGGAUUUGUUCGGGAGGACACCAAGCAAGUCAGUGAACCCAGACGAAGCAGUUGCCAUUGGAGCUGCUAUCCAGGGAGGGGUGCUGGCAGGAGAUGUUACUGAUGUGUUGUUGUUGGAUGUCACUCCAUUGUCACUGGGCAUUGAAACUCUUGGAGGAGUGUUCACCAAACUCAUCAAUCGCAACACUACCAUACCAACCAAGAAAAGUCAGGUCUUCUCGACGGCAGCCGAUGGACAGACGCAGGUGGAGAUCAAGGUGCACCAGGGAGAGAGGGAGAUGGCUUCUGACAACAAGUUACUCGGCCAGUUCCAACUGAUUGGAAUUCCCCCUGCACCACGUGGGGUUCCACAAAUAGAAGUGACCUUUGACAUUGAUGCCAAUGGUAUUGUACAUGUAUCUGCCAGGGACAAGGGCACAGGAAAGGAGCAACAAAUUGUUAUUCAGUCAUCUGGUGGAUUGAGCAAGGAUGAAAUUGAGAACAUGGUGAGAAAUGCUGAGAAGCACGCCGAAGAGGACAGGAGGAAGAAGGAAGUUGUGGAGGCAGUGAAUUCGGCUGAGGGGAUUAUUCAUGAUACCGAAUCGAAGAUGGACGAGUUCAAAGCACAACUGCCAUCAGAUGAGUGCAAGAAGCUGAAUGAACAGAUAGCAAAAGUGCGGCAGAUGCUUUCGAACAAGGACCAGGAGACUCCAGAAAACAUCAAGAAGGCAACAUCUGAUCUGCAACAAGCAUCUCUUAAGCUUUUCGAAAUGGCUUAUAAGAAGAUGGCUGCUGAGAGGGAAUCGUCGCCUUCAUCAUCUUCAUCAUCGUCGUCUGCUGGAAAGGAUGAUGAUAAAAGCCUUACUUUAUAAUCUACAAUUAUGAUGAAGAUGAUGGCAAUUACGAGGAGGAAGAUUAACAAAUUAUGAUGCAAGCUGAGUAGAAAGAUAAUUACGAUGAUGAUGGUUUUAUAUGUAUUGAGUUAUUGGUCGGUUCUCUACGAUUGCCAACAUUUAAUGUGACUUGUGUAUAUGUAACAAAAUAAUUUUAUAGCUAACUUCAUUAUUCUUAACGUUUUUUCCAUUUAUAGCAUUAUAUGUUAUAUCUGUGCAUGAGCUAUAUAUAGAUAUAAUUAUAUAUAUAUUAUAUACGUAUACAGUAUUGUAUGGAUUCCCUAUUGACGACUGUGCGCGUCAACAACAUUUGUAUAUUGGCGUUACGACCACUUCACUACCAAGACACUUCACUCACAAUGCAUACACAAAGAGGAACCAUCAAAUCUCACUAUCAACACAUGUAACUCCAAUAACCCGUCAAAUACUUGACAACAACACAAAGAUAAUUUAUC